ACCAAGCAACAGAGACACCAGAUUUCAAACCAAACCAACAUGCUGCUUACAUAUAAAUAAACUUACAUUUAUUGUGUUUUUCAUAUACUUCAACUGAACUUAAAUGCUUUAGUAAAAAUCACUUUUCAUUUUUCAUUUUUCAACAUUUGCAUUUAAGAUUAACUAGCUUGCAAGUUACAAACCAUAUACAACAAUGGCUGCUGUUUCAGCAAACUUGUUACCUCGUUGUUUGGCGUUUUUUCUUCUUCUUGUUUUUGUCUUGUGUAGCUCAGGAGCAAAGGUUGUCACCAUUGAUGUACACGCAGCCAAGAAUCUCAUCCAGACCGGUCACAUUUAUCUUGAUGUUAGGACGGUGGAAGAGUUUGAGAAAGGGCAUGUAGAUGCAACUAAGAUCAUUAAUAUUCCAUACCUGUUGGAUACACCCAAGGGCAGGGUGAAGAACCUGAAUUUUGUAAAGCAGGUUUCAUCAUCUUGCGACAAAGAAGAUUGUCUCGUUGUGGGUUGCCAAAGUGGGAAGAGAUCUUUUUCUGCAACUUCUGAACUUCUAGCUGAUGGUUUUAAGAAUGUGCACAACAUGGGAGGAGGUUAUAUGGAAUGGGUUAGUAACAAGCUUCCAGUGAUACAACAGUAGCCAAAGAAGAACAAUAAUAAGUUCUUAUUGAUAUGAUCAUCCAUUUUUUGUUUUUAAAUGGUUUCAUCAUGGAGAAUGAGAUACCACAUUUGUAAUAAUGUAACAACUUUAAGAGAGUUUAUAGAUUUUACUUAUUAAAUACAUGUUUUAAAAGAGGGCAACAUGUUGCUAUUUAUAACCUAUUCCAAGAAUGCACACCAGUGAUCUUAUAGUUAAUUAUUUUGUCCAACUUGAAUAAAAGAUGGUUUAAUGUCACA